AUGGAUUUGGAUCGCUAUAACUAUCUUCAGAGGAGAGAUAUUAAAUUGGCAGAAAUUAUACCUGAUUAAAUGCUUGAGCUGAUGGAGAUGCUCAUUCAUUGGAUCUUUUAGGUUGGCGAGUAAAAUAAUUUGGAAAUUAAAACAAUCGAAUUGGCUGCCAUUUUAAGUAAAUUAUAUCUUUCAAAAUAACUCAUCGAUUCCGAUAGAGUUUAUCUGAUAGGAAUAGUUUCAUUAAUGAUUGCAGUAAAAUUUAAUGAAUGCCAAAACAAAAUUCAGAUGAAUAUUCAAGACUGUGUUAACUAAUGUCAAUCUAAAUAUAGUUCUAAAGAAAUAACAGAUAUGGAAAUGAGUCUUCUAUCUCUUAUUGAGUAUGACGCAAAUAUUACCACUAUAACUGAUUAUUAUGAUGGUGAGGCCGUCUAAAUUGACUUGGUUUUGUUUGUAACUCUUGAUUCUGAAUUUCUCUACUUUCAAAAAUAUGAAUUGUAUGAGGCAAUUAGAAAUUUUUACUCAAAAGAUACAUCAAACUUAUCUGAAAAUACAAAAAAUAUAAUAAAGAGGAUUAGUGCUAAAAUUAACCAAUUGACUGCUAAUGAUGAAAAUAAUACUCCAAAAAUUAAAAGGAAAACAAUAAAGAAAAAGAAAUUCAGAAGAUCAAGAUUUUAUAGUUAAUAAAGCAUAACUCUAUGAAAUAGAAUGAUUUCAAUUUAAUUUAAUGAUUAUAACCACUGUUUAAACAGUGGACAUUU